AUGACUGUAACGAAAGACGAAAGAUUUAACACAGGCGUUAUCUUAAAUCUUGCAGCAGUUUUCGGCUGGAAACAUUUUAUUAUCAUCUACGAUGAAGAUAAUUUAGGGACUUAUAAUUAUUUUGUGGAAAAAAUUGCAAAAAAUAACAUGAAAAUUGCAAAUAGUCCUGAUCUUCGAACUAUGGACAUGUUCUACACUAGAAAUGAUUAUCCCAAAUGAAAAAGCUGAUUUGCUAAAAUAAUUAGCUUAAAAGUGAGACUUUUUUUUAUCAUUUUAACCCCUCCCUUUUGAUUUUAUAUAGUUGAAAGUUUUUACGACGCAGGAUUAAGAAGGGGUGACGUUUUAUUUUUAUCUGAUGCAAGGAUGGCUUAUUCUAUUUUUGGGAAACUGAUUUAG